CUUCGGCAUCCUACUUUGGACCCGGCUUUGCCAAACUCGUGGGUUCUUGCUACGACCCCUGUGGCGUCGACAGAAGGAUCAAAUUUCGGUAGUCCUGGAUGUGCUGCACGCGAAUCUGCUUCGGCUGCAAGUGCCGCUUCCACCAGCCUGGCUUCGUUUGCUUUGGCUGCAACUGCGGCUUCGAAAGCUUCAACCAGCGUGGCAUCAGUCGCUUCUUCUGCCGCGAGAGCCGCUUCCACCAGUCUGGCUUUGGCUGCAACCGCCGCUUCCACGAGCCUGGCUUCGGGUGCAUCGUUUGCAUCGAAAGCCGCAACCAGUCUGGCUUCGAUCGCGUCAUUGUCUGCCAAAGCAGCAAGCGAGUCUUCUGCCUCUGUCGCAUCGAUCGAAAACCUUGUUGCACAUACUUCUGACGCGAGCUCGGAGCUCGAUGUCUCGUCCUCUAAUACGGAGCCCGGUGUCUCAUCACCUGUCGCACCUUCGAGCGUUGUGAAUCCUCCCUCCUCCAAUCCGCUCUCGAGCUCUGCUUCUUCCCGAUUGAGCUCGACAGCGCACCGAUCAAGCUCAGCCUCAGCACACACUACACGCGCGUUCAUUGUUCCUGGCGAUCCGAACGCAGACAAAAGCAGCAGCUCAAGCGCCAUUCCUAUCGCUGCAGGCGCUGGUGCUGGCGUUGUUGUCCUCUGUAUUGUAAUUUUGGUGUUGGUCGUUCUGUAUCGGAAACGGCAGGCAAAGCGCAAGCACCAGUACGAUCACCGUUCCAACGAGCCAGCACAAGUCGAAUCGGUUCACAACCCGCUCUUCACAGCUUCUGUUUCUUCAUCGAACCUUGGCACCCAAGGUCGCACCACACGUCCCUCUGAGAAUAUUGCGCUGCAGUCAAUGGAUCCUGCGUAUGAUGACUUGCACCCGAAAUCAGUUGGACGAGACUCUGUGGUCUACGCUUCUCCAGCUGCUGUGGGCAAAAACAAGGAGCACGAGGCUCUCUACGAGCAAAUUACGCGCCCCGAUGGCACACGAGAGAGCAUGUCGUCCGCCGGAUAUGCCAAGCCAACAAGCACGCUCCGCAAGCCAUCUCUCUACCGAGUAUGCUCGAUGCCCGACGCGUACGC